AUGGCGGCAUUUCCACCGCAAAAUCCGCCGGGGCCUCCGCAACCGGCCGUGCCGUCAUUAGAUCUCACGGGCCUAUGUUUUCGCGACCAAAUAUUUCUAAAUUUCGUUGGCGGAUGCCUCGUGCCGGGUAACGUGUUUGACUAUUUCGCUAACUCGCCGUUCUACGAUCGCACGUGCAACAAUGAGCAGCUGAGGAUGCAGGGCAUUCAUCCUCUUGACACAGCGCGCCUCAGGGAGAUGGUGGGAUGGGAAUAUUCGCUGCACAUGGCGCAGGAGCCUCAUCUGUUCGUGUUGCGGAAGCAGAAAAGGGACGGUCCAGAUCGCACCACGCCCGUGGCUGCAUACUACAUCCUGGAUGGGUCCAUCUACCAGGCCCCUUCACUGCAUGCCGUUAUUGGUUCUCGGAUCUGCCGUGCCCUGCAUCAUCUCCGGGCAGCCUUUUCUAUGACCCGGGCGGCUCUCGACAAUCCCGAAGCUGCCCGGCCAAAAGAAGGUAUGGGGCACGGUGGGAACGAUGGGUUUCUGCAGAGAUCAUAG